UCCACGGUCAAGGGUCACCAUUCUGUUUCAGGGGAGGGCACAUGUUUUUACCACCCUGCCUCGUCUUCCUUGUCGUCAAAACACUUCUUACAACUCUUAAAUAGAGGUAGUCGACUUUCUGGGCUAAGCAGUGUCCUUGGGGCCUACAUUGAGCUAUUCGGAUGGCCGACAAAGUGGAGAAAGGCCCUUCCCUUGAAGGAGGUUCGGGCGAUUCCUUGGCCAGUUCUAGGAAACCGACAGAGAUCCCGACGGUGGCACAAAUGAUAGAGAUGCAGAACAAGGCAGCCUCUGCUUCGGGUGACUCCGCUGCAGCUGGGGGAGGGACUGGGACUCCGGGCUCGCCCCAGCACCCCGGGUUCGUGCUGUUCAAACAGGGCGCCGAAGCCCGGCUGUACCGGGGCACGUUUCUCGGCAAGCCUGCUGUUCUGAAGGAGAGGUUCAGUAAGAAGUACCGACACCCCAGACUGGACGAGAAGCUGACCACCAAGAGGACACAGGGAGAAGCCAGGACUGUGGCUCGGGCAAGGAAAGCAGGUAUCCCCACACCCUGUAUCUACUUUGUGAACUACCAGUCCAACUGUAUCUACAUGGAGGACCUGCGCAGCGCCACCACCUCGCGGGAUUACAUUGUGGCCGUGCAGUCCGUCCGCGGCGGGGACAGCUUCCGAGCCCUGCAACCAAUCAUGGACAAGAUCGGGAAAACCCUGGCGACCAUGCAUGACGGUGACAUCAUCCACGGAGACCUGACCACCUCUAACAUCAUGCUGAAACAGGACUCAUCCAUGCCGGAACCGCAGGUGGUUCUCAUCGACUUCGGUCUGAGCUCGGUAUCUCACCUCCCAGAAGACAAGGGGGUGGAUCUGUACGUCCUGGAGAAGGCGUUCCUCAGCACUCAUCCGAACACGGAGGAACUAUUCAGCAUCAUCCUUAAGAGUUACACGAGACACUCAAGAAAGUCUAAGGAGGUUAUCAAGAAGCUAGAUGAAGUCAGGCUGAGAGGUCGGAAACGUACGAUGGUUGGAUGAUGGUGUGACUUUUUAAUAAAGUUUGUGUCGAGUGUUAUGCUUUAUUUUGUGUAGGAUGUUUUUCUUUCAAUAAAAAGUAUAUCAUUUUUUGUGUUAAACAAAUAUGAGACAGAUGUUGUGACAUUUAAAGGAAGAAUUGUGUACUCUUAAUAAAGUUCUACAUUCU